UCGUUAUUGGCGUCAUGGCGGGGGGAAUUACAAAUGGUGGAAAAAUUGGAAGGAAGGAAAAUCUUUUCUGGAUGCGAAAUUGUAAAUAAUCAAUUAAAAACGAAAAAGGUUCAAAGGUCUGAGAAAUAAUUAAUUAAAGAACUUUAUUUGCGCAGAUUAAUAACUGGAUUCUUUAACUUGUCAUUGUUCUAUAAUAUAAUUCGGGUCGUUUCUAACCUUAAAUAUCUUUGCCGAAGAUUAAUUUGCAGUGAUUUUUUAGUAAAAAUCAUUUAUACUACGUGUAGCAGUUUUUAUAAACUAUACCAAUAAGAUGAAUCGAGGUUUAUCUCUGAUGCGCUCAUUGGUAGCAUCCAAUCUCAGAGUAAAAAAUUACAGUACACUUCCGCCAGAAGUUAUAAUUCACCUUGACAAGGACACUAUCGUCUGUUGGCAUCCGGAACAGCCUUUUCCCUACGAAUGCACAAAGCCCUUACCCGAAAAAAAAGAGCCAGCUACAGCUUUGAAAGUAGGAUACGGUGAAUUUAACCAAGUUUUUAGGCAAUCGACACCUGCAGCAAUAGCAGAGGAACUCGCAAAAAUCACCCAGACGACAAAGCACAGAUGGUUUCCAAGGAGCAGAGACAAGAGGGCCAAAAAGACAAAACCCGACAGAAAAUACUUGUAAAUGAAAAAUAAAAAAAAACCAGGUUAUAGUACUUUCCUAAAAACUACUUCUUACAAUUAAUGUAGAGGAUUUCGAAUCAAUAAAUAAGUCCAAUAUCUUAUAAAA